ACACGCUUCAGUUCUGUGUUGUCUCCAGAGCGAGAGCACACAACUUUCUGACUGCCUGUUUACCACUACGGAACUUGCCAUACAGAUUACAUCACCGGAGAAUUUACACACCACUUUUAUCUCUAACAUUCUCGUGAACACCUUGCCAGACCGGGAGAUUUUACGUUCGGCACAAGGUUACCUCAUCCAAAUCAACUUGUCUACGCUGUUUAAACGAAAGUCAACGCGAGGACCGAUAACGACUUUGAUGCAGAGAGCCUGCCAAAGUGCUCGCCGUUUUCUAGAUAGUCCUAUUGUGAUGCUUUUUAUAUUUUAAUCUGGACUUUGGGACUAAGAAGUGCGCAGUAAACGGUCUUUAGGACAUCACCAGUCAUCAGCGCGCAGCCAGCUCCAAACGAGAUGGAUUAGUUUGGCAGCGUGACUGAAAGUUUGCCCGUCGGAAAUUAUCCUUCCUGUAUCAUUUGAGGAUUCGCAUCUUUGAUAUAGCAGAGGAAUGGAAGAGGAGGACAGCCCCCAAGAAAAUGGGAUUCAGAAUCCCAGGGACUCUGACCGCCAACUGAGGUUGCGACUUUGCGUCCUAACUGAAAUUCUCAACACCGAGAGGGACUACGUGCGCACACUUGUUUUCCUCCAGUCGGCCUUUCUGCAGCGGAUCAGACAAACUCCAGACGAACAGCAAUGCCUGACACCAGAGCAAGUGAAGCUCCUGUUCUCCAACAUGGAGGUGAUCCUGGAGCUGCACAAGGAGCUUCUGGGCGUGGUGGAGGCCAAGCUGCAGCCAGAGCCACACCCGCAGCACUCACUGGGACACGUCUUCGUACAGUUUGGCGGUCGAUUCUCGGUGUAUGGAGAGUACUGCAGUAACCAUGAGAAAGCCCUCCGCCUGCUGAUGGAGCUCAACAAAAUCCCUCACAUACGCACCUUCCUGCUGCACUGCAUGCUCCUAGGAGGGAAAAAGUCCACAGACGUGCCCCUGGAGGGCUACCUGCUGUCGCCCAUCCAGAGAAUCUGCAAAUACCCACUGCUACUGAAGGAGCUUCUGAAGCGGACUCCUAAGAAGCACGCGGACUACCCGGCGGUGGAGGAGGCUCUGCAGACCAUGAAGGCGGUGUGCUCCAACAUCAACGAGACCAAGAGGCAGAUGGAGAAACUGGAGGCCCUGGAGCAGCUGCAGUCCCACAUCGAGGGCUGGGAGGGCACAAACCUAACUGACAUCUGCACAGAGCUCCUUCUCCAUGGCAACCUCCUGAAGAUCUCAGCGGGGAACAUCCAGGAGAGGGUCUUCUUCCUGUUUGACAACCUGCUGGUGUACUGCAAGAGGAAGUCCAGGGUUUCUGGAAAGAAAUCCACCAAGAGGACCAAAUCCAUAAACGGCCCGAUGUACCUCUUCAGAGGCCGGAUAAACACUGAGGUCAUGGAGGUAGAAAACGUGGAGGAUGGAACAGCGGACUACCACAGCAACAACUACACGGUGACCAAUGGCUGGAAGAUCCACAACACGGCCAAGAACAAGUGGUUUGUCUGCAUGGCCAAGAACGCGGAGGACAAGCAGAAAUGGCUAGACGCCAUCCUCAAGGAGCGCGAGCAGAGAGAGAGUCUUAAGCUGGGCAUGGAGCGGGACGCCUACAUGAUGAUCGCUGAGAAGGGAGAGAAGCUGUACCACAUGAUGAUGACCAAGAACCGACACCUCAUCAAGGACCGACGCCGCAAGCUCACCAACGUGCCCAAGUGCUUUCUGGGAAAUGAGUUUGUGUCCUGGCUGCUGGAGGUUGGGGAGAUCAGUAAAGCGGAGGAGGGCAUCAACCUGGGCCAGGCGCUACUGGAGAACGGCAUCAUCCAUCACGUGUCUGACAAGCAUCAGUUCCGGAAUGAGCAGAACAUGCUCUACAGAUUUCGUUAUGACGACGGCACGUACAAGGCACGCAGUGAGAUGGAGGACAUAGUCUCCAAGGGGGUGCGGAUCUACUGCCGUCUGCACUGUCUAUUUACGCCUGUCAUCAAAGAUCGCGAUCACCACCUAAAGACCUUUAAAUCUGUCCUGCCUGCCAGCAAGCUGGUGGAUUGGCUGGUGUCUCAGGGUGACUGCUCCACACGUGAGGAUGCCGUAACACUGGGCGUAGGCCUGUGCAACAAUGGCUUCUUGCACCAUGUGCUGGAGAAGAGCGAGUUCAAGGACGAGUCACAGUUCUUCCGUUUCUAUGCCGACGAGGAGAUGGAGGGCACCAGCACCAAGAGCAAGCAGCUACGCAACGACUUCAGACUCAUAGAGAACAUCAUGGCCAAGACCCUGCUGAUCCACCCUGAGGAGGAAGACUAUGGCUUUGAGAUUGAAGAGAAGAACAAGGCCAUCGUGGUCAAGAACGUCAGCAGGGGCUCUCAAGCCGAGAUGGUUGGUCUCCAGGCGGGGCGUAAGGUGUACUCCAUCAAUGAGGACCUGGUGUUCCUGCGGCCCUUCUCGGAGGUGGAGGCCCUCAUCAACGCUGCCUUCAACAGGCGACGCACCCUACGCCUACUCGUCGCCACCAAGAGCAAAGAGAUUGUGAAGAUCCCAGACUGCCCCGACAGCCUGUCAUUCAAGCUGAAAGGCUCCAGCCCUCCCUACGUCUCCGCCGUCAGGAAAGGUGGUGAGGCAGCAGCAUCGGGGCUGCAGGUGGGCCAGUCUGUCCAGAAGGUGAACGGCGUCAGCAUGAGCCAACAGAGCUCAGCGGAGGUUCUAGAACUCUUCAGCGGCCAGCCGCCCAAUCAGGAGCAGCCGGAGCGGGCCUCGGGGCAGUGGGUGUACAGGGGCCUUGACGAUGUUGACGAGGACAGGCCAUCCAGUCCCUCUGAGUUCACCGCAGUGCCGGAGGACAACUGCACCAACGGAACAGCUCUGUCGCUGUUGUCGCUGUCGGACGCCCCUCUGAUCAGCCUGUCUGUGGACAACGCUCUCGUGGAGCACGGCGUGGUGUACGAGUACAUGAACACGGCCGGCGUCAAAAGUCACGUGCUGGAGAAGAUGGUGGAGCCCCGCGGCUGCUUUAGCCUCACCGCUAAGAUCCUGGAGGCCUUCUCGCGUGAGGACGGCCAGUUUGUGCGCAACUGCAGCCAGCUGAUGAAUGCGGGCGAGCGCGUGGUGUCCAUGCCGCAGUUCGAAUUCAGGCAGAUCUGCGAGAGCAAGCUGGGCAGCAUCCACAGACGCAUCAGCAGCUACCAACUGUUUGCUGAGGAGCUGAAGACUAAGGCGUGGCCGUCGUUUAAGCAGGCCAACAGCCGGCCCCAUGCACUGGGCUGCAUGGACUUCGUGCCCACCAACUGCCACCUGAACCUCAUGCAGGUGUCCUGCCCCAAGAACAGUACCUCCACCGGACGAGCCUUCAGCAUCCGCUUCGGACGCAAGAACUCCAUCUUCGGCCUUGACCCAGACCAGGUGAACAUCAACCCCAUGUCGCACACGAGCCACUGCGUGACGAGCAUGGGUGCGCCGUCCUGGCGCAGCUGGGGCCUGGACGAGGAGGAGUGCGAGGGCCUGGACGACAGCCUGAGCUGCGGCGAGGGCAACCCGUACGGGGGCUACGGCCACGGGGAGGGCGGCCUCAGCUUCCUGCUCAAGCAGGAGGACAUGGAGAGCCAGGACGCCUACCUCAGCCUCUACAACCGCCUGGACAUCGCCGUGCGCGAGAUGAAGCAGUACGUCACGCAGAUCGACGUGCUGCUGUCCUCCAUCACUGAGCCCACCCAGCCCCAGGAGGGCGACCCGCCGGCGUACGAGCACCAGACCAUCCUGGAGGAGGCGGAGCUGGAGCGGGUGGAGUCCGGGGAGUCGGCCGUCAAGCGCGUCUGCUUCAAGGUCAACGAGGACGAGCAGGAGGACUCGGGCCACGACACCAUGAGCUACCGGGACUCCUACAGUGAAUGCAACAGUAACCGUGACUCUGUGCUGUCCUACACAAGUGUUCGCAGUAACAGCUCCUACCUCGGCAGCGAUGAGAUGGGCUCAGGUGAUGAGCUUCCUUGUGACAUGAGGAUUCCUCUGGACAAGCAGGACAAACUUCAUGGAUGUCUGGAACAUCUCUUCAACCAGGUGGACUCCAUCAACAGCCUCUUCAAGGGCGUCGUCAUGACCAAGGCCUGUGAGGAGACCAAGCACUUCUAUGCCGACCAGCCCGAAUUCCGCCACACGGAUGACUGGACGGCGCGAUGUCGCUACGUGAUCCACAAGAACAUCCAGGAGGACCCCUGGAACCUGCCCAACUCCAUCAGAACCCUGGUGGACAGCCUGCAGCGCUUCGUAGAGGAUGGCAAGAAUCAGCUUCUCCUGGCCCUGCUGAAAUGCACAGACACGGACCUGCAGCUGCGUCGUGAUGCCAUCCUGUGCCAGGCGCUGGUGGCGGCGCUGUGUGCCCUGGCGGAGCAGCUGCAGGCGGCGCUGACGCUGCGCUUCAACAACAGCGGCGAGUACGAGGAGGACAGCAUGGAGGUCAGCCGCAAGUGGCUGGAGCAGAUCUCCGCCAUCGGAGUCCUCUUCAACUACCAGUCCAUACUCUCACCACACGUGAGGGAGGAGCGGACCAUGUUGGAGGACACCAAAGCAGCCCUGGCAGACCUGGACAAAGUCACCGUGGUCUUCAGGCAGCAAAGCGACGAAUGUCUGGUUGCAAACACACCGGUGUAUUAUGAGGUGGAGGGUAACAGGCAGGCCAUCCGAGUGCUCUUCUACCUGAACAGCAGCCACUUCAACGAGCUGCCCUCCCGUCUGCAGAAUGGAGGGAGCCUGAAGCUGCACUCUGUGCUGUUUACCCAAGCCCUGGAGAGGCCAGAGGGGGUGGCCGUAGCAGACUGUGUGCCCAUGGAGGAGUUCCAGAAGAGGACGAAUGCGGUGUCCCUAGAGAGGGUCAAGGCCUACUACAGGAAGCUCAGGGCGUUUUACCUGGAGAAAUCCAACCUUCCUACCGAGUCUCACAAAACUGCCAUGAAGAUCGAUCAGCUGCUGAGGCCGUUGAACACGCUUGAUGACCUGUGUCGCCUGAUGCAGACCUACGUGAACGUGCGGCCCAGCUCCGGGGGACAUCCUUCAGGCGUCAGCGUGCUGCUGGUGUCGGCUGAGCUCUGCAACCGCCUCGGCUCCUGCCACAUCUCCAUGUGCUCAACUGGCAUGCAGAGGUGUACUCUGAGUGUGUCUUUGGCUCAGGCCCAGAUCCUGGCCCGGAACCAUGGCCUUCUCCCACGCUGUCUCAUGCAAACUAUGGAUAUCAUGCGGAAGCAGGGCACGCGGGUGGAGAUAUCAGCCAAGAACCUGAAGGUGAUGGACCAGAUGCCUCCCUCUGCUCCAAGGCUCUUCAGGCUUUGUCUCCCACCUACAGAUGGAGAUCUGUAGACCAGGCAUCACGCUCUUUAUUUUUAGCUCACUUUUUUUGCUUUCUUUAAAAGAAAAAAAAGAAAAAAUGGUUUUCAGUUUGCAAUGAUGACGAGGCUGUGGAGAGGCGUCUCAGCUAUAGCGAUGGCGGCUUGACGAUGGCGCGGAUUCCUGUGACACAGUGGGUCUGCCGACUCAGGCACAACUGGACGCUUGAACCCCCACCCCCCUCUCUCCUUUCCUCUCCUGAAAGACCCCUCAGACCAUCCUUUCCAGUCACCACCAGCACCCACGGUGGUCACUGCUCACUCGAUCAUCUUCGGCAUGGGUCGUCUCGGUACAGCCCUGUGAACGGAAUGUCCGUGAGGGCUGCAACAAGUGCCAGAUUCCUGCACCGUCAACUUCCCCUAUUGCCAUCAACUCCCCCCAUUUCCCCACCGCCACCUACCCAUAAACCAGGGACAUCCUCACCACUGCCCCAGUUAACCUCCACUUCCACCAGUAAAUCCUCUCAUUGGGAGGACAAGUCUUAAACUGUACCCUCUUGGCCAGGAAGAGACUGGCUUUGGGCAGUAGCCUAUGCGCCUCCCCCUCCCCCUCCCCAACCCCGCCUCACUCACUGGCCAAGAAACUGGCCCUGUGCAGUGUACCUCCGCUCCACUCGAUGACCCAGAGACUGGCCCUGCGCGGUGUACCCCCUCCCCACUCACUGUAUCCCUGGAGCCCUUUCUUUUACCUGCACUGCCUGUCUGACUGAAACUCACCGCUGUGUCUGCAGGUCUCUGUGUCCGAAUGAGACGCCUGGACUCCUCUGUGUGUGUGUGUGUGUGUGUGUGUGUGUGUGUGUGUGUGUGUGUGUGCGUGCGUGCGUGCGCGCGCUGUGUGUGCGUGCGUGCGUGCGUGAGUGUGUCUGCAUGUCUGAAGUCUCCUGCUCUCCGUCCCCCUCCAUCUCUUUCUCACACACACACAGAAUGUGCAAUUACUGUAGUUUAGCAUGUGGCACACUGCACUAUUCACCCACGAUGAGGGGACUGUCUCAUUUUAACAAAAAAAGAAGAGUGUAUUUAUUGUCCGAUCAUAUCAGGAAUAGAGAAUUAACUUGAAUCAUUCCAGUCUAAAUGUCCAACAUCAGUUGAUGGACCAAUGACCCGAGUGUUUUCAGACUGGUCAUGGAAGAGUGGUCUAAGAGUGUUUUAGCAAACUGUAAUGCUAAUUUAUGUUGGGUUUUUUUAAAUGCCUAGUGUGCUACACACCACUUACCCACUGUUGAAAUUCAGGGAACACAACACGAAAUACAGAAAACACAGAAAAAUGGGAAAGCAAGCUAAUCACUGAGCUGGUUCAAGCUAGUCUUAUGAAAGGCCUCAAGGCCAAGUGUUUUUUUAUUUUGAUUUUCAUUUUUUUUUAACAUUUGAGUUUUACUCAUCAUCAUAAUUGUUUUAGCGUCUUAGCUGAAAUUGUUUUCUGACAUUGUUUCUGGGUUUUAUUAAUGCUAGAGGACACGGAAAAAGGUCCACAAUUUCAUUUCCUCUUGAUGCUAUUUAUGUGUCUGCCUCAAAGAGCACAAAGACAUCCAGUCAUUCAUCAGUGUUUUAAAAUGUCCUGUACUGUACAUUGUUUUGAGUUAGAUGACAACAAAGGGAUCAUGAAGUAUAAAAGUGUAGAUGGUAGCUUUAUUUUAUUUUAUUUGAAGUUUUAUCUUUUUUUUCUUGUGUAUGUGUACAUAACAGUGUCUAUAGCAGAGCGACUACCAUACAGUAUAUGCUUUCAAGGAAGGGCAGUUCUAUAAUUUAAAUUUUAAUAAUAUUAAAAGAGAUUAUAAUAUGUAAAGCAUUAAUUCCCUUUUUUUAUUCAUCUUCAAUUCUGUAAAUUUAAAAAAGAAAAAGAAAAGAUGUUCUCAUAAGUAGACUACACACAGACUAGUCAUACUGACAGUAUAAUUUCGGUGACUUCAUGACUGUUGUGAUGUAUCAGGGUGCUAUUUAAGUAACCUACAGACUCAUGCUCCUGUGACGUCAGCUUACUGCCUGCCUCUCUUCAGUCUUUCUGGGAACUUCAGCAUUGAGUAGUGAAAUGAUGAAACCUAGCUACAGUGUCACCUCAUGGGACCAUGUCUGGCCCAGGAAAAAAGGACAAAGGGAACAGUGGUCUCGGGCCCAGGGACAGAGGGCCCCCAGAAAUGGGUCCUCAUGAUUGUGUGUAUUGGGUGGGGGGCCUUCUCGGAUGGCUUUGUCCUGGGCCCGGCCAAAGCUACCAGCGGCCUCAUCUGGCACAGGCCCUCGGUCCUAAUGCUUCAUCCACGGUUACCUCUGGUUCGAAAUCAAUAAGAGAAACAAAGCUCAUAUCAAUGAUCUCUCUAUGAUCAAUGAUUUGUAAACAGUUGAAGCUGGACUAAAAUUAUGUCAGUGUGUGUGUAUGGACAGCAGCAUUUUGUGUGGCCUAUUUGGAGUUUAAGGUAGGAAGAAGUAAGCAAAGUAUACUGACCCAAGAAGCAGGGCUAGACUGGCCAUCUGGCGUAGCAGGCGGUGGGCCCGGUGGCCCUGCACCCUUGUGGGCCCCUAUUUUCAGAAAUCGAAAAAAGUCAGUUCUGCACUGGUAAUUGUGAGGGGGCACUUUUGCCUGCCAAGAAGUAAUUUCUCAUGUAUUGGAUGCAAACCAUUUCAGGUGACUCAUCUACAUGUAGAGAGAAGUGUCAGUCAAACCCCAAACCCACCUGCCAUCUGAACAGUCUGCAUCCACAUGGUGAUCCCAUCCCCUUCAAGCUUCGUGAAAUUCAUGAAGGAAUUUGUUAGAGGUGUUCAAAUGGGUCUCUGCUCUGGAAAAGAAUGCUCAUUUAAUCUUGAAAUGGCUACAAGCGCACAAUUUACCUUGAGCACAACAUUAACAGCCUCUCAUCUAGAGAGAUGCCGGAAGUUAUUAUUGUGUCCCUCACUAAAGCCUAUAGAUGUGACGAUUCAUGUCUUUAAACACAGCUAUUUCAACUUAAUUAACCACCUGUUAGUCAUUUGAAGAGACUGGCAUCAAAGAAUUUUAAACCCAGUGUUUUGUCUGGGACAAAAGGUAGACAUAACAAUUAAAAAAUGUUUGAGCUUUUAAAUAGUCUGCAAACCCCUUUGAAGACUGUUUGCCACAGUUCCCUUUUUUCCAUUCAAACAUAUUCUUUUUUUCAUUCGUGCUUGAGUUUGUUAUUCAGUUCUGACCUUGAGGCAAGGCAAAAAGGGUUCCGGAAUGACUGAAGAAUUCUUAAAGACUCUGUGUCUAGCUUACUCUGACGUCAGGGUGGAAUACGGAGCAUGGCCUUAAAUCUGGAAGAACUACAGAUGACUUGACUUGUGUCGUGUACUAGCUACAUUUGCAAUGAUAAUCUCUAUGGUGAGGUCCCAUAAUAAACAUUUCCUUUGACAAACA